AUGUCUUUUCUCCACAAGGGUAUUGGAAUUGCUUUAAGCUUUGGAUUUAAAUACUACGCGGGGGAACACAACGGUUCAUGUGAUACUACAGCGAUACAGCCACAGAAAAGUCGAUACGAAGCAGCAAUCGACGCAAGCCGAGUACUGGUGGAGCGGAUACAGAAUGAGAUGGGUGCACCCGGCCUGGUGGUGGGGGUGUCCGUCGAUGGAAUGACUGUCUGGUGUGAAGGGUUCGGUUAUGCCGAUUUGGAGAAUCGUCUACCAUGUGGCCCAGAAACAGUGAUGCGAAUCGCCAGCAUCAGUAAAUCACUCACAUCUGCAGCUGCUGCGCGUUUGUGUGAGGAAGGGAAACUUGAUCUUGAUGCGCCCGUCCAGAAAUACGUACCAGAAUUUCCUCAAAAGCAAUUUGAUGGAAUAAAUGUAACAAUAACGUCUCGCAUGAUUCUCUCCCACCUCAGCGGUAUACGGCAUUAUGAGAAAGAUGCAAAUAAAGUGAGGGAGGACAAGGAGAAAGCCAAGCGACUUUUGAAAUCAUCAAAGAAGGAGAAAAGGGAGGAUAAUACUAAAGAGCAGAAUCUCAAAGCUAAAGAUGCCUCACGGGGCAAAAAGAAAAAUGAGUUUGAGCAUGACGAAUACUACUUGAGGGAACAUUUUGAUAGUGUCACUGAAGCCCUGGACCUCUUCAAGGAUGACCCACUCAUUUUUAAACCAGGCACAACAUUCCUUUACUCCACCCACGCCUACACCCUCCUCAGCGCUGUCAUCGAGCAGGCCGCUGGCCAGAGCUUCCUUGAUGUCAUGAUGAACCUCUUCCGUGAUCUCGGAAUGCUCAAUACUGUGGCUGACCAAAAUGAGCCAAUCAUUUACCAUCGUGCCAGAUACUAUCAUCUGAACAAGCGAGGACGUGUGGUGAACUGCCCGUGCGUAGACAACUCAUACAAGUGGGCGGGCGGUGGCUUCCUCUCCACAGUAGGGGACCUGCUCCUGUUUGGUAACGUUCUACUCUACAGCUACCAGAUGGCCCAGAUAAAAAAGGACACUGAAGGACUGCUGCCCGGCUUCCUCAAACCCGAAACUGCUGUGGAACUUUGGACAGCAGCAGACAAAACAGAGGCCAGCUGGGACAAGGAUGGACGCUAUGGCCAAGGUUGGCUGGUGGUGGAGAAAGAGCAGAAAUAUGGGCAAUGCAGGAAGCGCAGGCACUACGUGUCGCACACAGGAGGCGCUGUGGGUGCCAGCAGUGUUCUGUUGGUGUUGCCUAGCGAGGAGCUAGAGCAGGGACAAAUUGUCCUCCCAAAAGGGGUGGUGGUCGCCAUUCUCACCAACAUGCAGUCUGUGGGACUCAACAGCACAGCCCUGCAAAUUGCACAUGAGUUUGACAAAGCCACAAGCGUGUAA